CUAUUUUACAAUUACUAAAUGCAGAACUACUUCAUUACAGAAAACUAAGUAGUUAAUCUAAUUAUUAGGAUUUGAAGAGCUAUAAAAAGUAUUUUCUUACAUAUUUUGUCGCUUAAAUGACUUUGAGGCGAAAUUAAUUCAGUCCCAACUGUGUGUGAAAUAAUCAGCUGUAGAUGUUUUCAUGAAGUAAUUUUCUACAGGGACGCAGACACUCAGUCCUUCUGUUUGUCAGUAGAUAUGAAUGGUCGUCCAUGAGUCAUGCAUCUGCUGGGCUGCUCUUCACUUCACUGCAGCUUCAUGUCGCCAUCUAGUGGACUGAUGGUAGAAGUACAGCAGCUGAUGGCAGCUUCCUCUGCCUCACACUGCUGUCUGACUGCAUUCAACUGACACUGAUAUGAAACAGAGAAGAAGAAUCAGUGGAGGAGCAGCUGAUGUUUUAACAGUAGAAAUUAUCAGUUGAUGUGCAGAUGAAUGAUUUGUGUUUCUCUCCUCAUGAAGGUAGAAAGUGUGUGAGCUGUUGUGAACUCAGCAGCAUGGAUCAGUGUGAGGACAGAAAGGAGGGAGCCCCUCCCUCUAAAACCACUCUGUGUGGGGAACAUGAGAGCCAGACCAGAGCUCAGAGCCCAGAGCAGCAGCAAACAUCAGACUCUGCUAGACCUGGACCUGGAUGUAGGUCUGGACCUGUACCCAGCUAUGUGUCCAUGAAGAGAAACAUGUCAAUGAAAAGUCCUUUUGAUUUCAGACAAAAUGUUGAGCAAAGGAUCCAGCAGCAGAGACCAGACCAGACUGAACCCAGCUGUCUGUCUUUAAAGAGCGACGACUCAAAGGAGUUAAUCAUUCUCUUUAAAGAACGACGUCCAUCAGCUGAUCAGAUAGUGGACCAGGAGAGCUCAGAGGUUCCCAGUGGUCAGUCUGCCCAGCAGCAUCAAACACACCUGGACUCCAUAUUUAUGCUGCUGGAGGAGAACAUGGUCACUUUUGUGAAGAACGAGCUGAAGAAGAUUCAGAAGCUUCUGAUUCAAGAUUACCCAGAAUGCUUAGAGAGUCAGAGGGAGGAUGAAGAGGUGUUGAACAGUGAGGAUGAGGAGCAGAGGAGGAGCAGCAGAGAGGCAUUUCUGCAGAUCACACUGGACUUCCUGAGGAGAAUGAAGCAGGAGGAGCUGGCUGACUGUCUGCAGAGCAGACAUAUUGCUCCACUUUGUCAACGUAAACUGAAAUCUGCUCUGAAGAAGAACUUCCAGUGUGUGUUUGAGGGGAUCGCUAAAGCAGGAAACCCAACUCUACUGAAUCAGAUCUACACAGAGCUCUACAUCACAGAGGGAGGGACUGGAGAGGUCAAUGAUGAACAUGAGGUCAGACAGAUUGAAACAGCAUCCAGGAAACCAGACAGACCAGAAACAACCAUCAGACAAGAAGACAUCUUUAAAUCCUCACCUGGAAGAGAUGAACCAAUCAGAACAGUGAUGACAAAGGGAGUGGCUGGCAUUGGGAAAACAGUCUUAACACAGAAGUUCACUCUGGACUGGGCUGAAGACAAAGCCAACCAGGACAUACAGUUCACAUUUCCAUUCACCUUCAGAGAGCUGAAUGUGCUGAAAGAGAAAAAGUUCAGCUUGGUGGAACUUGUUCAUCACUUCUUUACUGAAACCAAAGACGCAGGAAUCUGCAGGUUUGAUCGGUUCCAGGUUGUCUUCAUCUUUGACGGUCUGGAUGAGUGUCAACCUCCUCUGGACUUCCCCAACACUGAGAUCCUGACUGAUGUUACAGAGUCCACCUCAGUGGACGUGCUGCUGACAAACCUCAUCAGGGGGAAACUGCUUCCCUCUGCUCGCCUCUGGAUAACCACACGACCUGCAGCAGCAAAUCAGAUCCCUCCUGAGUGUGUUGACAUGGUGACAGAGGUCAGAGGAUUCACUGACCCACAGAAGGAGGAAUACUUCAGGAAGAGGUUCAGAGAUGAGAAGCAGGCCAGCAGGAUCAUCUCCCACAUCAAGACAACACGAAGCCUCCACAUCAUGUGCCGCAUCCCAGUCUUCUGCUGGAUCACUGCUACAGUUCUGGAGGAGGUGUUGAAAACCAGAGAGGGAGGAGAGCUGCCCAAGACCCUGACUGAGAUGUACAUCCACUUCCUGGUGGUUCAGCUAAAACUAAAAAACGUCAAGUAUGAUGGAGGAGUUGAGACAGAUCCACACUGGAGUCCAGAGAACAGGAAGAUGAUUGAGUCUAUGGGAAAACUGGCUUUUGAGCAGCUGCAGAAAGGAAACCUGAUCUUCUAUGAAUCAGACCUGACAGAGUGUGGCAUCGAUAUCAGAGCAGCCUCAGUGUACUCAGGAGUGUUCACACAGAUCUUUAAAGAGGAGAGAGGCCUGUAUCAGGACAAGGUGUUCUGCUUUGUCCACCUGAGUGUUCAGGAGUUUCUGGCUGCUCUUCAUGUCCAUCUGACCUUCUUCAACUCUGGAGUCAAUCUACUCCCAGAAGAACAGUCAAUGCGGACCUCCCUGUGGUCUAAUUUAUUUAAAGAAAAAUCCAAAUGUUUCUACCAGAGUGCUGUGGACAAGGCCUUACAGAGUCCAAAUGGACACCUGGACUUGUUCCUCCGCUUCCUCCUGGGUCUUUCACUGCAGACCAAUCAGACUCUCCUGCUAGGUCUAUUGAGACAGACAGGAAGUUGCUCACAGACCAAUCAGAAAACAGUCCAGUACAUCAAGAGGAAGAUUGAAGACAUUCCCUCUGCAGAGAAAACCAUCAACCUGUUCCACUGUCUGAAUGAACUGAAUGAUCGUUCUCUAGUGGAGGAGAUCCAACAGUCCCUGAGAUCAGGAAGUCUCUCCACAGAUAAACUGUCUCCUGCUCAGUGGUCAGCUCUGGUCUUCAUCUUACUGUCAUCAGAAAAAGAUCUGGACCUGUUUGACCUCAAGAAAUACUCUGCUUCAGAGGAGGCUCUUCUGAGGCUGCUGCCAGUGAUCAAAGCCUCUCACAAAGCUCUACUGAGUAGCUGUAACCUCUCAGAGAGAAGCUGUGAAGCUCUGUCCUCAGUCCUCAGCUCCCAGUCCUCUAGUCUGAGAGAACUGGACCUGAGUAACAACAACCUGCAGGAUUCAGGAGUCAACCUGCUGUCUGCUGGACUGAAGAGUCCACACUGUGCUCUGGAAACUCUCAGUCUGUCAGGUUGUCUGGUCACAGAGGACGGCUGUGCUUCUCUCGCCUCAGCUCUGAGUGCCAGCCCCUCCCAUCUGAGAGAGCUGGACCUGAGCUACAAUCAUCCAGGAGACUCAGGGGUGAAGCUGCUGUUUGCUCGACUGGAGGAUUCAGACUGUAGACUGGACACUCUCAGGUUCAGGCCUGGUGGAGUUCGAUGGUUGACACCAGGCCUGAGGAAGUAUUCCUGUGAACUCACACUCGACACAAACACAGUGAACACACAGCUCAAACUGUCUGACAACAACAGGAAGGUGACAUAUAUGACAGAGAAGCAGCCGUAUCCUGAUCAUCCAGACAGAUUUGACCACUGGCCUCAGCUACUGUGUACAACUGGUCUGACUGGUCGCUGUUACUGGGAGGUCGAGUGGAUAGGAGAUGUUUAUAUAUCAGUGAGUUACAGAGGAAUCAGAAGGAGGGGAAAACGUAACGACUGCGUGUUUGGAAGGAAUAAUCAGUCCUUCAGUCUGUACUGCUCUGAUGAGCAUGGUUAUUCUGUUUGGCACAAUAACGUACAAACAUCCAUACCCUCCUCCUCCUCCUCUGUCUCUAACAGAGUAGCAGUGUAUGUGGACUGUCCUGCUGGCACUCUGUCCUUCUACAGAGUCUCCUCUGACUCACUGAUCCACCUCUACACCUUCAACACCACAUUCACUGAACCUCUGUAUCCUGGAUUUGGAGUCUGGUUUUGGUCUUCUGAUUCCUCAGUGUGUCUGUGUUGAGUGUAGUAGAGGGGAGUUCAAUCCCAAAAUCCCAAUGUCCCCCCUAAGGCCUAAGCCAUGAAUCCUUGAUGUCACCUGGUACGUGAUUAGGUGAGGACUCCAAAUGGUGUUAAUAGGAAUGGGACAGCACUUUGUCACAUAUUGCAUUACCUUGAUGACACCCAAAGAUGUUUAUUUGACAUAGGGUUGCCCAGGAUCUCCUGUGGGAAAUGUACCCACUAUUGAUGAGUACCUCUCACAACCCCACAUCAAAUAACCUGAACUAUAAGAGGAAAUUCUGAUUCAGCAAUAAUACACAUAAUCCUCUGUGCAAAACUACACAGUGAAGUGUGUUAUGGGUAACCGAUGAUCCAGUUCCUGGCAGGAAGUGUGUAGUGCAAGCGUAGUCAGUGUAACAGCACACACUAUAUAUUUUUAAAAUAAGAUAAAGAUACACUUUUUAUUUAUUGUUUAAAAUGUUAAAUCAAGGGAUAUCAAUUAUUACCUGUUUGGUCUCUGCUGUACUUAUGCCUCUCUGUUUAGACCUGGAACUGCCACAGCCACACAGCAGGCUGCCACUGGCUUAUGACCAGGGGUUUCCAGAGGAAGUGACCAAGUGUGGUAGAGUUGGAGGGGUGUUGAUGUGUUUUAUAGUAAGUAAUGCUAUUGUAAUUGCCUUUUAAAUUAAUAUUUAUUUACAAAUUUGUUUCAGUAUGUUUUGUAACUUUAGAGUACAUGUGUUGAUCAGGUGUUAAUCUCCUGUGGGAAAACUGAUUAAUAAAUAAUUAAAUUAAUUAAUGUCACUUAGUAGUACCCAGCUGAUAUAAAGGAGGAGGCUGGAUAUCCUGGUGAGUCAAUUGUGAUUAUACCUGAAACAGAGACAAGCCAGCAAAAUGAAACUGCAAGGGCCCAGGGUAAAAGGGGCAACGUCUAGUGCAGAGGCAAGUUUUUCUUAUUUUUGUCUUUUUUUUUAUAUAUAUAUAUAUAUAUAUAUAUAUAUAUAUAUAUAUAUAUAUAUAUAUCUUUAUUUUUGGCCAGGCCUGCACUGUACAUAUUUCUGCAUGCGAAUGUCAGUUGUCACUGCUAAAUAAAUGCACCUGGACUGCA